GAGAAUUCCACUACUGGUGCUGUUAGUAGAGCCACAGUGACAAGUUGCCGUACAUUUAGUUUCAAUCUCGCUCAGUAACAGUGCAAAUCGAAAGCUAGUUAAUUAGAAACACUUCCCUCACGUGUUUAUCACAAAGUAUUAAUUAAACCACCCUCCGAAGGAUGAGCAGCUCGCGCAGCAUUCGCUUCUACUACGAUCUCAUAUCACAACCGUGUCGGGCGCUGUACAUUUUCCUCCAGCAGACCAAAAUACCGCACGAGAAGUGCCCCACGGCGUUGCGAAAAUGGGAGCACACCACACCGGAGUUUUUGCAAAAUGUGAACCGCUUCGGUAAAGUUCCGGCCAUAGUCGAAGUGCCCAGCCAGUUUAAGCUGGCCGAAAGUAUUGCCAUUUUACGCUAUUUGACGCGGGAACAUCCUGUUCCGGAUCACUGGUACCCGCGGGACAUUCGCCGGCGGGCCCGGGUGGAUGAGUAUCUGGAAUGGCAGCAUGCGAAUACACGGACACACUGUGCCAGCUACGUGCGGUACAUCUGGCGGGGGCCACUGCGUGGCGAACCGAUGGAAGGCCGAAUUGCCGAACGGCUGCGGGCGGAAAUGAUUGCCUGUUUGGAUUUUAUCGAGACGAAUUUGCUCAGCGAUGAACCACGGUACAUCGACGGGGGUACCGAAAUUACGAUUGCCGAUUUGAUAGCCGCCUGCGAAAUCGAGCAGCCAAAAUUGACCGGGUACGAUGCACGCGUGGGCCGACCCAGGUUGGCCGCCUAUAUGCAACGUGUGAGGGAACACACCCAGCCCGACUACGACGAGGCGCACCAGGUGUUGCACAAGUUUGCUCCAAAGGUGGCGUAGUGUAUGGAAAUUUUAUACAAUAUAGCGGAAUA